GGGGUGGAGCGCUGAGGAUGAUGAUGAUGAUGAUGGUGAUGAGGGGGAGAAAGAGCAGAGCAGAGGAAUCACAAGUCGGUCUCUGAGAGGAACACAACUACAAGUUAAAGCGGCUUUUGGUAUGAAAUGCGUGUUUGAUCCGUGACUGUAAUCGCAUUCACACUCGCGCUGGUUUCGGUUCGCGUUUACUGGAGUUUCACCUGAACAUCAUGAUGAUCGUGUCUCUGCUGCUGCUGAGUGUCCUGAGCUCAGGGAUUCUGGGUAUCCAGGUCACUCUCUCGGAGUUGGAGAGGCGCACGACUCUCUUUGCUUCGGUCACUUUACGCUGUGAUUACUCCACGUCCGCGCAGCCUCAGAAUGUGUUGGUCACCUGGAAGUUCAAGUCCUUCUGCAAAGACCCAGUUCUGGACUAUUACUCCACAGCGUACCAGUCCGCCCUUCAGUUGGGGCAAGAUCCAGCCAACGACUGCGUGGACACACAGCGCACCAUCCGAACCGUGGCUCAGAAACUGGGCCCCAACGAGGCGGUGCUGGGCUCCGAGUACAGGGACCGCAAAGUCUACAUUGAGAACAAGGCGGAUCUGGUCAUCAAGGAGGUGAUGUGGUGGGAUAACGGGAUGUAUUUCUGCUCCGUGGAUGCGCCUGGAGACACAAUCGGAGAUUCAGACAAAGAGAUGAAGCUGAUCGUGUACCACUGGCUGACGGUGCUGUUCAUCGUGAUCGGCGUGCUGGCGCUCGUCCUCCUGCUGUGUGUGUGUUGCUGUCAGUGCUGCCCGCAGAAGUGCUGCUGUUACGUGCGCUGCCCGUGCUGCCCUCAGACCUGCUGCUGCCCUGAGAAGGCCGUGAUGCAGCACCGGCUGAUGAAGGAGGCACAGAAGGCCAUGACGCCGUGGAUGAACGGACAGCCGCUCUACGCUCCCAUGAGCAACCACAGCUCCGGCUACCAGAUGAAUCCCAUACUGUACGCAGGGUCACAGAAGGGUCAGAUGACGCCGGUUCCGCUGCCGCCUCCGCACAUGCAGAUGGCGGGUCACAUGCCUCCUCCCAGCAUGCACGGCAACGGCAGCGUUCACGGGAACCACCAGGUGCUGGAGUACCUGGAGAAUCAGGUGCGGGGCAUGGAUGUGAACAGCCCUCUCCUCCAGCCCCAGCUCGUGCCCCCCCCACCGCAGCACGUGCCCUUCUCCGCCGGGCCUCCCAGCAUGCUCUCUGCGCUGGACGACGGGCCCGCCUCCCGCCGGCUCCCGCCCGGAUCACGAGGAGCCAGAUCACACUCCAGCGGCUCGUCUGUGUACGGUGCCCCACUGCGCGAUGAUCGCCGCUACCCUCGCCCGCUAAUCCCGCGCAGCUACAGUCAGGAGGACGUGCUGGACAGCCGGAGCCGGCCCGGAGGAUCCCGCCCGCGCUCCCGAUCCCGGGACGAUCUGCUGGCCGCGGAGCGCAGAGGCCCGGCCCGGCGGGAUGAUUACUCUCCUCUGCCCCGCCGCGGCUCCUGGAGCUCCGCUAACGAGGAAGCUAGCCGACGCGGAGGAACACGAGGAGCUCGCGAUCAGCAUCCUCCCAGCUACAGCGAGUACGAGCCCGGGAAGAAGCCGAACAUGCGGCCGGAGCGCUUCUCUGAUAAGAGCUCUCGCAGCGGCACCAGCAUCGUCAUCUGAACACCAGCGUCUGAAGCGUCUCAGCUCAUGAACACAGAACUAAGAAAUGUGUUUUACUGAACAUAUUUGAAGGAUUUGCUUCUUUGGGUGUUUUGUUUUGUAUUUUUGUGCAGAGCAUUUUAUACACUUGAAUGUGAAUAUGAAUAUCCUCUUCUAGUGAAUGUGUGGCAUUAGCUGUGUAGGACAUGUGACGUUUCUUGGGUUUGAGGAUUUAUCUGUGUAAAUAUCACAUCUUUUGUGUCAAUAUAUUUAUUAAUAUGUUGAGUUUUUUUAAACAUCCACUGCAUUUACAGCACAGCACAGAGAUAUAAUGCAAUAUAACACAAGAAUUGUGUGAGACUCUGAAAUGCUCAUUAUUAUGUCCGUAAUCAGUUAUUCAUUGUGAUUUGUGAGUGCAACUCAAUGGCUGCAUAAACACAAGGAAUAACUUAUUAGGCUACUUAUUUAUGUUUUAUUGAUUGUGCUUAGGUCAAGCUGUUCUUUAGCUUCUUAUAAAUAAUAUUUUUUAUGGAACUAGUUACUGCAUCUAAAGUUCAAAAUCAGAAUUAUUUUUUAGUCUUGCCUUUAUAUUAACUUUAUCUGAAUAUGUGAAUCACUGUUUGCCCUCUGUAAUGAAGAAAGACUUGUACAUGUUCUACUGUUCAUAUGUGAAGGACUGUCUAUUAAUGUUUUGUUUCUUUACGUCUUGUGUGGACAGAAUUCUUCCUUUUCCACUUGCAUAAAUAAAUCUGCGAAAACAGCAGCAUAUGCCGACA